AUGACGCGCCCUCUCAACGGUAGACGGGGCACAGAGAGCACGACGCGUAUCGCCGCCUCCUCCAACCACACACUCCGACACCCUCAAGGACGCCCACCAUCUGUGCGCUCUACUUCGGAAGGACGGCUUGACAUGGGGUGCAGCGGACACCAGGUUGCCAACCCCGUGAAUCGUCGAUCCAGUGGCUUUAGUGUCUCGGGAAACGGCUUUGGGCACCAGUACGAGAUUGAACACCGCGCGACGUGGGCCGCCAGCGAACACACUUGGCAGCAGGGGUACCAUGUUGCGCGGGCGACGGAGCAGCUGACCCACGGGAGAGCGGAUCUGGGAGCGAACCGUCCCCGUGAGGCCCAGUGGCAAGGGGACAUUCCCUCCCCUAAUGGGGGCACACAUUCUCUCACGAACGGACCGCGUACACCAGCCGACGCCCCCCUCACGAACGAGUCUUCAUUCCGCGCCAACGAGAGCGCGUCGAUCAGAAAUGCGCCCUCUGCUAAACCCCUGCCUCUUCCUUUCAACCAUGGCGUCCUUUUCACAGUUGAGGGUUUCAUGGACGACACCGAGGAGGUGCUUGAUGACGCCGUCCUGGCCAUAUCUGCGACGGCUAAUAGACGUCACGAGUACCAGCUGCCAGCGCUCGGGUCGUUUGGAGGCUUCCAGAUCCAGAACCACCUCUUCAGUGUUCCGGACGCGGACAACACGCCGAGCGACAGUCCAACCGACUCUUCCAGCCCUACGCCCACUGCCUCCACAUUUGCAGAGUCAUAUCAACGGACGAUCACCGAUGAACUGCGUAAGCUCGAUCCGGCCGCUCAAAGACGUGUCGCGCAGGCUGUCGUCAACGCCAAUGCACACACCAAAGAAAUGCUUGCAGGCACCAACGAGCUGCUGGGUCUGCUGGCGAAGCUCCGCAAAGACCCAAGCGCGCCGCGCUUCAUGUCCGCGUACCAGCAGCGACCACCACCAUGCGCUGCACACAUUAACGCCAUCAGUCGCCCAUCUUCAGUCCACUCGGCCGGCACGAGCCUGUCCCGGUCGGCAUCAGUUCGCACAAUCCGCAGCAUGAUUCACCAGACGACGUCCUCGCGCCGCGCGACCAUGCUAUCGACAGUCAUCGCGCCGAACUCGGACGAGAGCGACGAGGGUGGAACAAUCACCGACGGCACGGCCACUGCAACGGACGACAGUCACACGACGGAGACCGAGUCGAUUCCCUCUAGUCCGGAACAACGGGCAGGGGUACGGUACAGUGAGGAGCGCGCUCUUGGUUCACUCCUGCAGCUCAUCGAGGAGCGCGGCAUCAUGCAGCCGCAGAUUGAGGCGUUGCGACGGCACAUGCCAGGGCCUCUGGCCGUGGCACGGCAGCCGUCGAGCAUACGCCGUUCAUUUCCGCACCGCGCGAACACCAAGGUGCGGCGCUCGAAGAAGAAACGGCGUUCCAGGAAGGACAAGGAACGCGAGCAGGGCCUGCCACUCCUGCCCUCUGUGAGCGGCAGCGAGAGCGAGGGCCUUGACUUUGAUGUCUGGGAGGAUGUUGGCAAGGGUGACCCGAACUUCAUGGCCGAUAUCAUGGACGUUGCCCAGUGGUACAACCUCCACGACGUGGUGGACGAGGCGGUGUAG